GAUGUGAGGCUGAGAUCCUGGGUGUCAGGCCUACUCACUGCAUAGAAUACAAAUAUGCCCCAACGGAUAUCCAGUUUGCUAAUGCAGUCAACGAUGCUCUGGACUCAUUCAAGAGUGGCCGGGCUGACAUGGCUGCCAUCUACUACGAGCGCAUCGAUGUGGAAGGUCACCAUUUCGGCCCUGCGUCCCAGCAGAGAAAAGACGCCCUCAAGGCUGUGGACACCAUCCUGCAGCACAUGACCAAGUGGAUUCAGGAUGAGAGCCUGCAGGAUGACCUGAAUGUCAUCAUGUUCUCCGAUCACGGAAUGACUGACAUUUUCUGGAUGGACAAAGUGAUUGAGCUGAAUAAGUACAUCAACCUGAGUGACCUGCAGCAAACGCAGGACCAAGGGCCUGUUGUGAGCCUUUGGCCAGCCCCUGGGAAACACGCUGAGAUAUAUAACAAGCUGAGUGCUGUAGAACACAUGACUGUCUAUGAGAAAGAAGCCAUCCCAAGCAGGUUCCAUUACAAGAAAGGGAAAUUCGUCUCUCCUUUGACUUUACUGGCCAAUAAAGGGUGGUUCAUAGCUAAGAGUCGGGACACGCUUCCGUUUUGGGCGAACAGCACCGGCAAGAAGGAAGGCUGGCAGCACGGAUGGCAUGGAUACGACAAUGAGCUCAUGGACAUGCGGGGCUUCUUCAUGGCCUUCGGACCUGAUUUCAAGUCCGACUUCAGAGCCGCUCCGAUCCGGUCGGUGGAUGUCUACAACGUCAUGUGCCACGUAGUGGGCGUAGCCCCCCUGCCCAACAACGGGUCCUGGUCCAGGGUGGAAUGCAUGCUGAGAGCCCCGGCCGGUGCAGCCGCCGCUGUGCAUCCUAGCAGCUGUGUCCUGGGCCUGCUUCUCUUGCUGUGCAAACUCACACUCUGA